GAAUGCCCACAUUACAGGCACUCAGAGAGUGAGACACACACAGAGAGGACGAGUUGAGGGUGUUGUACGGGAAGAUAAUGAAGUGAAGACGGGGGCGCCUUCGGCACAGGUUGAAGCUGUUAAUUGAUCAGGAUAAGGUCUACCAAGAAAGAAGGGACGACGAGAACAACCAAAAGGUCACGAGUCUCAAGGAGGAGCUGACCAAACUCAAGUCGUUUGCGUUGAUUGUCGUGGAUGAGCAGCAGCGCCUCACCGAGCAGCUGGAUCAGCAAACGGCAAAGGUCCAAGAACUGAGUGCCGGCGCAUCGCAAGCCCAGGAGGAGCUGAGCUCAGCUAAUGCCCGUCUGCAGGAGGAGGAGCUAAAGGUCUUUCGCUUGGAGGCGGAGCUGCGUGACCAAGGCGGUCGAUACCAUCAGGAACAAGAGGCCAUGACAGCCAAACUGACCUGCGAGGACGCCCAAAGCAGGCAGCUGCGCCAGAAGCUGUCAACUCUCAGCAGGCAGCUGGACGACCUGGAGGAGACCAACAAGACCCUCCGGCGAGCGGAGGAGGAACUGCUGGAGCUGAGGGACAAAAUCAGCCGCGGUGAGUGUGGAAACUCUAGCCUCAUGUCUGAGCUUGAAGAGUUACGGAAAAGGGUGCUUGAAAUGGAGGGAAAGGAUGAAGAGCUGAUCCGGAUGGAGGACCACUGCAGGGACCUCAACAAGAAACUGGAGAAAGAGGCCAAUCAAAGCCGGAGCUUGAAGACCGAAGUCGAUAAACUGAACCACAGGAUUAUGGACUUGGAGAAAUUAGAGGACGCGUUCAGCAAGAGCAAACAAGAAUGCAACUCACUCAAAAGUAACCUGGAGAAGGAGAAGACGGUGUCAAAGGUUCUGACCAGUGAGCUGGACGCCUUGAAAGUCAGGGUCAAAGAUCUGGAGGCGGCUGAAAGCCAACUGGGAAAGACAGAGCUGACACUGAAGGAAGAUCUCACCAAGUUAAAGACUCUGACCGUCAUGCUGGUGGAUGAGAGGAAGGCAAUGGCGGAGAAGCUCAAGCAAAUGGAGAACAAGGUCCAGAACAGCACUGGCAAACUUCAAGCUGAACAGGACAAAGUUACGUCGGUCACAGAGAAGCUGAUUGAGGAGAGCAAGAAAGCGCUGAGGUCAAAGGCUGAGCUGGAGGAGAAAAUGUGCAGCGCCACAAGGGAAAGGGACGACUUGAAGGCCAUGUUGCUCGCCGAAGAGGAAAAGAGCAACGAUUCGGAGUCUAAAAUCAACAUGAUGAAGAAAAGGUUGCAAUCGCUGGAGAACAUAGAGAGAGAAUACGUGAGAAGCAAAGCUAAAGAGGAGAACGUCAAAGCACCUGUUGCUAAACACUUCCAACUAGAAGAGAACAAAGUCAAGGACUUGACGCAGGAGGUGGAGCGCCUGAGACACAAAUUAAAGGACAUGAAGGUGGUAGAGGGAGACCUCGUAAAAACAGAGGAGUUUGAAUCACUGGAGAAAAGAUUCAUCAAUGAACGAGAGAAAGGUAAAGCCUUGAUGGAGGAGCUGGAAAUAUCCAGAAAAGAACUUUCAAAGUACCAACUGGCUGAAAAGAAAGAGUGCAACCAAGAGCACGUUCUUUACAAACGCUUGAAGGACGAGGAGGCAAAGUCUAGCCAUUUGACCAGAGAGGUAGCGGCUCUAAAAGAGAAGAUCCAUGAAUACAUGGGAACAGAGGAGUCCAUAUGCCGCAUGAAGACUGACCACUCUACGCUCCAGAGGAAACUGACCCAGCAGGAGGUCAGGAACAAAGAACUGGCCAGAGAAAUGGAGACGCUCACGCGAGAGCUGGAGAGGUACAGGCGCUUUAGCAAAAGUCUUCGCCCCGGCAUGAAUGGAAGGCGCUUUUCAGACCUUCACGUUUCUACCAAGGAAGUUCAAACCGAGCCCCUUGACGUCAUGCCUCCCGGCUGUAAGACGAUGGCCCCGCUGGAGCGCGCCGUGGUGAACGGCAAGCUGUACGACGAGAGCGACCCUGAAGAGAACGCCAACUACAGCAACGAGCUCCAGCUCACCAAAUGCAGCCCCACGCUGAUCACUAACGUGAACAACCUCAACAACUUGAGGAGGGCCCGAGUCCCGUUCCUUAAAAACAAAGACGCCCCCCAUCAGGUGAACGGUAAAGUGCAACCGCGGCAGAAUGGCAACCACGUUCAGCCAGGAGACGUUGUGCUGACCCACAGCCCCGGGCAGCCUCUGCACAUUAAGGUGACUCCCGACCACGGACACAACACGGCAACACUGGAGAUCACCAGCCCGACCACGGAAAACACCCAGUCGUUCACAAGCACUGCCGUCAUACCCACAAGCGGAGGUCCGCCCAAACAGAGAAUCACCAUCAUCCAGAAUGCUUCCAUAUCCCCGACGGCCAUAUCCAUUUCCCCCAGAUCUAAAGGUUCCCCGAUCUCUGACGGACUGUGUUCCCCGGAUAGGGCCCUGUCACCGUUCACCAUGGCUACGUACUCCAGAGCGAUGACUCCGGACUCGUGCGGCUCCGUAACACCAGACAGAGCAAUGUCGCCUAUACAGAUCGUGUCGGUGACGACGGGCACCCCCGAACGCUCCCUCUCCACGGAGCCAGUGGAGGUUCUCGGAGGGCACGCCAUCUUCCGCGUCACCCCAGAAAGGCAAAGCAGCUGGCAGGUCCAGAGGUCAAACAGCUCUGGGCCAAACGUCUUCACCACGGAGGACAACAAAAUCCACAUUCACUUAGGGAGCCCCUUCAUUCAGAGCAUCAGCACGCCGUCGCAGACACUGAGUCCGGGCCACACACCUGGACUCCAGGAGCAAAGGACUCAGGUGUUUGCAAAUUGCAGCACUUCUACUGCGAAAGGCAACAGCAAAAUCACAAGUAGCAUCACGAUUAAGCCCACCUCCACCCCAAUCCAAAGGCCAUCACAAAUUACAGUAAGUAAUGUCUAUGAUUGACCUGAUAAUCCCCCAAACCCUCCAUCCCAUCCAUUGUUGCUGAAUCCUGCCCAUGAGGAUUCAACCAUAGACCCUUAAACCCCAACUCUAUACCCCCGAUACAUUUACAUGUCUGUUUUACUUGAUUUAUGAUUUACUCUUAAACCAGGGUUUGAAUGUUUCCUUUUUACUUUGGUUGUUUUGCUUGGUUCUGUGUGAUUAAGUUCCAACAAGUGUUUGCCUGCAUGAGAAAAACAAUACCAUUUGAAAGCACUAGAACAUUUGAUUUAAUUUGACUUAACUUUUUAACUUAUGUGCACUUACUGUAUUGUACUCAGUGGCCUAUUUGCCACGUAGUCUGCUUAUUCACACUGAUGUAUCAUACCAGUUUUUAUACUUAAUAUUACACACAUACUGCAUUAUGAUUAAGUUGUUUGAUUUUCUGAGAAUUAAAGUGUGCAAAAAGAAGUGUUAUGUUUUAUAGUGUGUCAUCCAUGCUUGCCAAUUUCCUUUAUUCACUAAAUCCAGCAUGUUUUGAAUGUGUAAAAUAAAAAAAUAAUCUGAGACAAAAUGCGAUUAGAUUG